AUGUCAGACAGUCUCGAUGAUGGAACCCCCUUCAGCUCAGAGACGACGCCAUUUGGGACGGACGGUGCUUUCGACCGUGUAUUAAGAGCCGGCCAUAGGCCAAAAGCUGCGCCUGCCAUCUUUGUCCACGCCGGAGCUGGAUUCCAUAGCCAUCAGAAUGAAAGGGUUCACCUCCAGGCCUGUAAUGCUGCUGCCGAGAUGGCGAUGAAGUUUCUCAAGGCUGGCGCUACUGCAACUGAAGCCGUCGAGGCCGCCCUCCGGGUCCUUGAAGAUAAGGAAAUCACCAACGCCGGUUACGGCUCCAACCUCUCUAUCGAUGGUAUUGUCGAAUGCGACGCCACGGUCGUGGAUCAUCUUGGCCGCAGCGGCGCCUGUGGUGCUGUUCCAAAUAUCCGAAAUCCGAUAUCACUUGCCAAGCUCAUUCUCGACAAAAGCAACAAGCCAUUGAGUCUACGACGGGUUCCUCCAAACGCUCUCGUGGGAGAAGGAGCCAAAGCUUUUGCAGAGGAGCAUGGUCUGAUGACAUUUCCAAACGAGUACAUGGUUUCGAAAAACGCUAAAGAUCGGUAUCUGCGGUGGCAGGAAGAUCUCAAACGGGCUGAUAUGAAGAUGAAAGAGCCUAAAACCUUGCCCGAGAUCGCCGACACAUGCCCUCCGUGUCAGUAUGAUACUUCAUCGCCAACAAAAUCGCAGAUGUCUUUACCCCAAACCCAACGAGCUGCCAUUGUCGCCGGCACUUGGAACGAGGGACAACCCGAUUCGCCGUUUAUCAGCACACCAAGUCAGUCACCAACGCCCUCGCCUGAUCAACAUACAUCUACUAGUUACUUCCGAAUUGCCGGGCCAUCUACAAACUCUUUAGCUCGUCCUUCAUUGGCCCGCACAGUUCUUGGAAAACCUGCCCAGACAUAUGCUGGGGUAGCUGGUGGUGCGCUGUCUUCCUCUUUCCAAACUAAGCUACCAGGUCGAAAACCCAACCCUUUAGCCGAGGAUUUUAAGCCUGUCAUGCCUGAAAAUACUUCGAUACAUCAAAAGCACCACGUGUGCGCCACCAACAAGACUGAUAAUGUUCUGGCAGAGACCCCCCUUGGGAACAACGGCCACAGCAACCACCAAAGCUCCACCGGUCCCCGUGGGGUUAAGCGGCCUUCCAGCCCAAGUGACAAAGCACAACCUCAUUCACGAGCUAUAAAAGAUCGCUUUCGUAUUGGGCCCGGGGAUGAGGACGCUAUUACGGACACUAUUGGUGCCGUUGCGAUCGACGAUCGAGGCAACAUCGCUGCCGGCUCUUCCUCAGGUGGUAUUGGAAUGAAACACCGAGGUCGCCUAGGUCCAGCCGCUCUAGUGGGAGUCGGUACAGCUGUUGUUCCCUACGAUGAAGAAGAUGAAGAUCAGGUUUCAGUUGCUGCUGUCACCAGUGGUACGGGAGAGCAUAUGGCUACAACUAUGGCCUCCCAACGGUGUGCUGAGAGGAUUUAUCAUGGCACAAAGCGUGGCCGAGGAGGCAAGGAUAUCCAGGAAGACGAUGAAGAUGCCAUCAUGGGAUCCUUCAUUGCUGAAGAUUUCAUGAAACAUCCGGGUGUCAUAAACUGUCACUCAGCCGGUGCAAUUGGCGUCAUGGUGGUCAAGAAAACCCAAACCGGCUACUACUUCUAUUUUGCUCACAACACAGACUCGUUUGCUCUCGCCUCAAUGGGCGGCUCAGAGAAACAGCCAAGCUGCACCAUGUCUCGACUCUCUGAGGGUGCUAAGAUUGCCUCCGGUGGGCGUAAGAUCCGACUUGGGUAA